AUGCCAAGAAGAGAGGCGGCGCCUGUCGGCUGCGUUCAAGUGUCGAAUCCCGUCUGCGCGACCCCCGAUCCGGGUGUACGUACAGCUGCACAGGACAGCGUGGGUGCGCAGGUAGACGACGCGGGCGCAUUGGCGUCUCUAGUUCUGGAUCCCCCGCCUCUACAUGUUCUCCCUUCGGAUACGCUGCGUGUGGAAACGUGCAAGAACGGCCUGCUAGUUUCGCGCUCGCCCACGCUGACCGAGGAAGACGUUUCCCACUUUGUGGCCAGCUUGCAUGCGCGCGCAGCCGAGCGGUACCGAGCCCGCGCACGUCGCAUGCAGGAGAGAGAGAGGGCAGCGAAAGAGCGAGGUGACGGCGGACGAGAAGGCGCUUCGGCAGACAAGACGGCACGAACAGACGCGCUAGAUCAGGGUGGAGAAACAGACCGGGGAGAAGCAAAUAGCAAGGAACGAGAAGAACCCGAAGACAGGGACAUUGUGGGGGUUGCGCUUAGCGGCGUAGGCCUGAACGACGAUGGCCUCGCUAUUCUUGUUUCCUGCAUGCUCAGAUCGACGUUUCUCAGGGUUAUUGAUCUCUCGGAUAAUCGACUAACAGAUGACAGCGUGUGCAUUCUCGCGGAGUGUCUGCCCUGUCUGCCGCAUCUUCGGUUUCUGAAUCUGAGCCACAAUCGCCUGUCGUCUGUGUCGAUAGUGAAAGCGGCGAAGGCGUUCUUCCCCGACUUCUCCCAUCUCCUUCCGCCUCAGAGAAAGGGUGUAGCAAAGCCGAGAGGCGACUGCGCGCUUGGUGUCAGGACACCCGAAGCGGGAUGCGCCACGGAGGCGGACGAGGAGAAAGAUUUCGACGUCUUCCAUCUCGAUGUUUCCGACAAUUUUGUAGGACCCGACGGCUGCUGCGCGAUUGCAGAGACCAUCAAGUGCAACAGCUGCCCCGCUCGGCUCUAUCUGCGCAACAUUGGCGGAGGCUGCGCGGGCCUCCUACCGCUCAUGGCCACUGAAUCCUUUCUGAAGGCUCUCGAUUUCUCCCACGCGGAUAUUUCGCCCGUCCCUUCCCCUUCUCCACUCCCUGACCCCCGUGAUCGCCCCUACCUGCUCUCUCCCUCCUUUUCUUCCUCCUCUUUCUCCUCGUUCUCUUCUUCCUCAUUUUCUUCCUCCUCCUCUUCCUCUUCUUCGUCCUCUCCCUCUUCCUCCUCUUCUUCUUCUGCGUCGCCUGCAUUUGCGCCCGACUCGGCCUCUUCGUCACGCACUCUCUUCUCGAGCGCGAAGCCGCCGCUUCCGCCUGCGGCUUCGACUGAGCAGGAAGGGAAGAGCCGCAGAGGCUACUUGCUGCGAACUUUGCAGAAGGCGCGGCUCGGCCGGCGCAGUAACUCGAGCUCUGAAGAGAACGGCCGAGUCGAGAGUGCCUCGCCCACCGGGACGCGAGGCGUGGACCUUGGCCCGAGGGGCCAGAGGAAACGGAGAGACGAAGAAGAAUGGACAAACGAACUGGAUGACUACUGUUUGCACGAGGACCAGGAAACACGCAGCCGAAACAGCCUCACCGGCGGAGAUUUACAAAUGGUCCUUUGUGUCGCGGAGGGCCUUGCGCACCUUCUCACCUCUGCAGGAACGCUGCAAGAGUUGAACUUGUCCUACUGCACGUGGUCCUUCGCUGACUUUGAGGGCACCGAGGCCGCGGAACCUGCCGGGAUGGUUCAGUACGCGGACCAGCUCGUCGACAUUCUCGCGGAGGCUCUGAAAGUGACUUCCUCGCUGCGAUCCCUCGCGUGCGCCGGAAACGGCAUGACGGCUGUGGGGCUCCGGCGCCUCUGCGAAGGCCUGGCCUCUCCAGCCUGUCACCUCGAAGAGUUGAACAUCGCAUGCAACGAUCUUCAAGAAGCCCUCCCGCUCGCCGAGCUCCUUCUGACCAAUCGAACGAUUAGAAUCCUGGACGUAGCGAACUGCGUGCUGCCGAGCGAGGCUGUGGACCAUCUCUCUGCAGCUCUGGAGGAAAACACCACUCUGGCCAUUCUCGUUCUCGCGCACAACGCUCUGCAGCCGUCUUCGCUACAGAGACUUGCAGAGGCUCUGAAGGUUCAGAAACAACGCGUGGAAGCAGAGAUCCAGAGAGAAGAAAUCAGCGAGAAGCUGGAGAAGACGCAGAGAAAGACGGAAAGAGGAGAGAUCGAAGAUGGCAGAGACGUGGGUGACCUUGAGAGCGGAGAGUGGAGAGGGAACGAGCGCGGAACCUCCCUUGAAGAGACGAGCAAGGCAGAUCGACCGCGGGGUAACUCCCCACCUUUCUGGUUUUCGGGGCUUAACCGCCCGCCGUGUUGCUGUUCUUGGUGGGGCACUCCCCCCAAUCCGUUCAACGAUCCGUCUUCUUUCUCGCCUCGGAUGUCCCUCGCGCCUGCAGCUCGGCAACGGCUACUUUCCCUCCGCAGACGAUGCGCCCUUCACGUCAUAACUCGACAGGACGCCUUCACUGCCUCUGCCUCUUCUGCCUCUUCUUCCUCUUCUUCCUCUUCUGCCUCUUCUUCCUCUUCUUCAGGAGUGUGUCAGCCUCACGACAGCACUGCGUUGCGGCCUCUAGCUGCUGCGUUGCCGGAGCUUGCUCAUUUGCUUUUUCUGGAUGUCUCCAGCUGUUCGAUGGAUGUUCCCACUGUAGAGCUUUUCCGCUCGGCGAUCGCCUCGCGUGUCUCGCCUCUCCCGUCUUUUUCGCCUGCGUCUUCUUUCCCUCUCGCCUUCCCUUACACUCUCUGCAUCCGCGGCCUUCCACUUACGGCAAUCCGCCUGGAUGAAGACGAAGAAAGCGUCGAGGGAGAAGAUCUGGCCGAGAGGGACACUCCGCAACACUCUCAUCCGUCUACGACCUCUCGCCUCGAUCCCGCUUCCUCGCGUUCCUCGCCCUCCUCGCCCUCCUCUCAGUUUUCUUCUUCUCCUUUGUCUUCGUUGCCCGAUAGAGCUGCGGAGACGACAGGGAUCGGCGCGCGAGGGGGGACAGGUGUGGAAUCGCUCGCCCUCAGCGUUUCUCGAGACGCGGCUGGAGCCAUCAGCGAGGACCCGAAUCAACUGAAUGCUCCGAAUGCAGCAGCUGCGAGCGUCUGGGGAACGGCCGCUCGGGGGGGACUGGCCAACUCCGAGCCAGGCGGAGACGUUGCUCGGGGCGAAGCGAAUCUUCUUUUCCCCGUCGGUUCGCGUUCGGUUUCUGCUUCGCGACACGCCGAGGAGCGGGGAGGGACUUGCCAGCCAUCUGCGGACGCGCUGGAAAACGAGCAGCGGCUGCUGUCUCUCUACUCGCACGAGCUGUCACCGAUUCUGCCGCCGCACCAGCAGGAGCAGCUGAAGGAACUGGAGGAACUGCAUGCUCAACAGAUUCGCCUGCAGAAGCGGCGCGAAGAACUCGAAAAGAACCUCCUUUCCCAGCUCGGGGCCGAAGACCCAGAAGGCGAGGCCGGCUGCGUGCCGCCCUUGCAGGAUCCCGUCGACUGGCUGCACACGCCUUCGGAACCGGAAGGGGAGGAGCCUGGAGGAGACGGCGAGAACAGGAAAUGA